UGGCUCUUACGAACUGCGAAUACCGAAGUGUUGUCCAAGUCACCGCCAGUUACCAAUCGCAACUUGAGUAGAGAGGCAACACAAUCCAGCAAUGAAGCAGUUUAUAGUUUUGGUCGUUUGUUUGCUGGCAGUCGCUGCGGCCGAUGUUUCCCAUCUGGUCACCCCGGAACCGAAGGUUCCAGCAAGUCCGUAUGUGUUCAGCUACCAGGCUGGCCGUGCUCCCGGUCAUGUGGACCGCCAGCAUACCGAGGUGUCCGAUGGAUCGGGUGUGAUCCGCGGUGCUUUCUCCUAUGUGGACCCAAAGAACCAGGUGCGCACCGUGCAGUAUGUGGCGGACGAGCACGGCUUCCAUCCCCAGCUGAGCCACAAACUGGAGGACAGCGCCGCCGUCCAGGCAGCCAAGCAAAGGCACUUCGCGGCCUACAAUCGGAUUGCGCAAGAGCAUGCCAACCAUACACCAGGCCAAGUUGCACUGGCUAAUGCCCCCCAUACCAGCGCCGCCGUUGCACAUGCCACCCAGAAGCACCUGAGCGCCUUCGAGCGGAUCGCUGCCGAGCACGCGGCCAUUGGACGGCAACAGGAGGCACAGCGUCUGGCACUGGCCGCCCAAUCCGAGCAUGGAGAGAUCGAAGAUGGACAGUACCAUCCGUAGGAGAUGCAGUUCGCUGAAUGAUGUGAAAAUAAACGGGUAGCUUCCAGAAAAAUCAA